GUUUCUUUUUUCAUAACAGGGAGAGUAUUUCAACACAAAUUUCAACGCACACUAUUUGAGAGCCGAAGCUGACUUCCGGGACCCUUUUACGCAUUCGCAUCCGGAAAUAAUGGGACUCGGACUUGAGUUGGUCUCUGUUAGAGUAGAGAAACAUUACGUACAACAUCCUGUGUACGAUGUCGCCAACAAAGAUGUGAAAGAUAAAGAAGAAUACGCCAAACAUGUCGUUGCUGGUAUCAGACCAUGGCUGUACUAUGUGAUUUAUGGGGGUUUAUCACAGAGCAGAACGGAAACAGAAAAUCAGGCCAUUGUCGAGGAAUAUUUUGACAGAGUCUACCGGCAUGCCUACUCUAAUUCCGACCACAAACCUUAUAUGGUAGUGUCAGAGGUCAUCAUCAGAAAGCUUCAGUAGGUAGUCUGACGAGGAGUAACUGUUAUAUGAGUAAUAGAUUGGGUUCCAAGUUAAAGUUAAUUGACAAUACUCAGAUUUGAUCAAAAUAAUGUAUUAGCUGAACGUUUCUCAUAAAACACUCUGAUUUCGACUACUCUCCCUAACCAUGCGUUAUUUAAAAGUGUACUGAUGGCGUCAAUCUUUCGAGAAAGUGCAUGUGGGUGUAUGCGCGCGAGGGACGGUGUGUGUAAUAAGUGUGUGUGUGUGUGUGUGUGUUGGAGAUGAGGUGGGGUGAUAGAUCUAUACUUUGGAUAGUCUAAAAUGAUUCUUUCAUCAUUACUGUUGCGAUGUUACCUAUCCACUGUACAAACUUGAUCAUGGUUCUUCUGUGUUUAGUGUAUGUGAUAAGUUUAUGUGAUAAGUGUAUGUAUUAAGUGUAUGUGUUUAUUGUGUGUUAAGUGCAUGCGUUUA